GCUCAAGGCCCCUGCCUUGGAAAAUGUCAGGUCUUUGCUUUCACUCACUUUUGACUAUGGAAAAAUAAUAGACCAAUUCUUCUGAUCAAAGAACUCAGAAAGCUUGCAGCAGGGCUGAAUGUUUAUGACACUGGAUUUCUCUUUUAAAUCCCUGGGUUCAUCUUGAGUCACAUUUGCUCACCUGACAGUGCUAACAUUGCAUGGCAUGCUCCCCACCCCUUUUGUACCCUUGCAAGGAUUUCAAGGCAUCCAGGGUGUCCUGGCACCCAGGUUGAAAAUGACUGAUAGAGAUACAAUGGCAUAGGAGAAUGUCUGAUGGGCUUGUAGGGAGAGGCAGGCACUGGGGACCCAAGGAAGACCAGACACACACCAUAGGGAAGGGGAUGCAGCUUGGCCACGACGAGACCAUGAAGAGGCACCUUGGCACCAUGCACGCCCUGUCCAGGCAGUACUGGCAGUACCUGGCUUGUGGACUGUGGCAGGCAAGCUGCGAAGGAGAGGAAGACGAGCAGGCUGACAUGGAUCAAGAGGGGUGGAGUUUGCCCCUGGAGAUGUUAUCCAGCUGGUACUGUAGCUUCAGCAAAUGCUGUGAGACAGGAGACUGCAGAGUAACCAACAACAUCACAGGGUUAGAGUCCGACCUGAACAGGAGGCUGCAUGGGCAGCACCUGGCAAGGAAGGUCAUUCUGAGAGCAGUGAGAGGGUUACUGCAGCGCCCUCAGCCAGAGAAGGCGCUGGCCCUGUCGUUCCACGGCUGGUCAGGCACCGGGAAGAAUUUUGUGGCGCGGAUGAUUGCUGAUCACCUGUACCGAGAUGGGCUGAAGAGCGAGUGUGUUAAAGUCUUUAUCUCACUUUUUCACUUCCCACAUCCUGGGUACUUGGACUCCUACAAGGUUCAGCUGAAGAAGCAAAUCAGUGAGACGGUGAAGCUCUGUGAGCAGGCCCUGUUUAUCUUUGAUGAGGCAGAGAAGCUUCACACAGACCUGCUGGAUACCAUCAAACCGUACGUGGAUCACUAUGACAGCAUCGGCCAGGUGGACUGCGGGAGGUCCAUCUUCUUAUUUCUCAGUAAUAGUGGUGGCAACACCAUCAAUGAAGUGGCUUUGGAUUUUUGGCGAGCUGGACGGGCCAGGGAAGAAAUCACCAUGGACUACUUAGAACAGCCCCUGCGGAUGGAGCUGAAGGAGUCCCCAGGAACUGCCUUUGCCCAUAGUCACCUUCUUGAAGAGAACCUCAUUGACUUCUUUGUGCCAUUCUUGCCCCUGGAGUUUCAUCAUGUGAAGCUGUGUGCUCGAGAUGCUUUCGUGGCCCAGGGACUUCCAUACACAGAGACAGCACUCGAUGAGGUGGCCAGAAUGAUGGUAUUUGUGCCUAAAGACAAGAGGCUUUUCUCUGCCCAGGGCUGUAAAUCAGUGUCCCAGCGCAUCAACUAUAUUCUCCCCUGAACAUGAGCUGGGGGCUGCCUCGCUUGCACAAGCUGGAUACAGAUUCACCACUUGUGCAGUAAUGGGAACUUGAAGUUCUUACUGCAGGGGUCAAUGUAGCAGGAGAAGCUGGAGCCUUCCACUUUUAGGCACAGCUCAGGAUUUGCAGUUGUAUGACACUCCUACAGCCUUGACUUGGCAGAAUGAGCAGGAUGCAUGGGCAGCCCGGCCUUCUGGAAGCCUCAUCGUGUAGCAGGCAACUCCAAGUGCUGGACGAUCAUUUUCUGCUAAUGGAAAUGUUUGGUUGGUUUUCUUUCAUAUCAGCAGAGUAGGCUGUAUAAGAGCUUUGGUUUGCUGUGGUUCUGGGCAUCCUAAUUACUGUCCUGGGGAUGUCUGGUAGAUGUUACUUGUAGUGCUUUUCCUUCAGCCCCUCCCCUGCAAGUCAUUUACAAGAGUUAAGUCAAAUGAAAUGCUACUCAACCUUUGCACAGCCAGUCAGGAAGGACUCUGUCAUUCAGGGAUUCAGUCUUCAAGAGUAAUUGAUCUGCCAGCAACUUUCUAAGCCUUAAUAAAGACUACCCCUUGCCUGCACAGAAGAUAAAACCCCAAAGUAUGGGGGAAGUUACAAGUGUGAGCUGAGGGGUGUGGGUGUGGGAUCACUCCCAUAGAAGACUUUGAGAAGACUUUGAUGUGUGGCACAAGUUCAAGGUGCACUAGUUGUUUGGGGCAAUUUAAGAUUAAAAGCUGUUUUUAAAAGUG